AUGGACUCAAAGAGUUGGGCCAAGGAUAUUUUAGAUUAUUGUGAAGAAUUUGAAAGAGAGUGGCUCAUGCAUUGCAUAGAAUGCAGAAAAUGGGAUCUUUGUGGCAUCCCAUGUUGCCAUGACAUAGCUGCUAUAUCAAGGCAACAGAGGAGCCCAAUAACUUAUGUGAAUGAGGUGCAUAAGAGAGAAACUUAUGAUAGGGCUUAUAGCAAUUACAUUUCACCAAUGCCAAGCCAACAAUUAUGGAGAAAAUCAGGGUAUUGGCCAAUUAAACCCCCACUGUAUCACAAACAGAGUGGUAGGCCAAAGAAGGCGAGGACUAGACCUAUUGAUGAGAUCCCAAAGGGUGCCACUAAGCUUAGGAGAUAUGUAAUUGUAAUCCAUUGCUCAGUCUGUGGAGGAGAAGGCCAUAAUGCUACUAAUUGUGGAAGGGCAGAUGGCAAUAUGGGAAGAGGCAGAGGGAGAGGAAAAGGAAGAGGAACUAGCUCAGUCCAUCAAUCUGAAGAGGAACAGGCAAUUAGAGGAGGGUUGACAAGGACUGCAGCCACUAGAAGCCAAAUGGCUCCGACCAAUAUUGUUACCCAAUCAAGUGGAACCAAUGCUGCUUCACAACCAGCUCCUUGUAAUUUAGCUUACAAGCAGGUCCAAGCAAUAUCAAUCAAAACACUUCCAGGCCACAAAGGAAAAGGUUCAAAUCCCCUGCAAAAAGGGCAAGGUCAUGGAGUUUAUGAGUAUUUUGCCUUGGCUUAUGCUAAAGGAUUUGGUCCAAACUUCAAACUUCAUCCAGAAAUUGUGCAAUCUACAUUUAACCUCAAAAUGUACAUUGAACCAAAUCCAAACGCCACUGCAUUGGUUAAGCCAAAACAAGGCCACUACAUUCAACCAAAUCAACUAACCUACAUUGAACCAAAUCAAAACCUAACCUACUUUAACCAAAUGAAAAGCUAA